AGAGAUGGCAAUCAAAUAAGUUCAACUUCCAGUAUUACUCUGCUGUUCGUGCAGAAGAAAAUGUUGGAAAGUUGCUGAGCUGUCAGAAAUCAUCACUAUGCUUGGACACGUCGGACAGGAUCACUUGGCAGGACUGCUCCUGUCCAUACUUGGUCAGUCUUAAGCUGGGCAGUGAUUCCCUCAGCUGUACAACUAUUACAAGUUUUCAGGCAUUGUCUGUGUCUCGAAGGAUGGAGAUGAAAAAUGAAGAUCUGGGCUCCACUUUUACAGAAGUCAAGAGCGAUCUGGAGUGCAAAACAAGCAGUAUUUCGGAAUUGUGGGUGUAUAUACUUACUGAGAGUCAACAGGUUUCGUGUUUGGAGGGCAGAUAUCAUUUCAGCAUACGUUUUCAGGAGCUGAUGAAAAUGAUGGAAGAAAUGGAAAAGGCCAUUAUAAAGGAAAAAAAUGGAAUAUUGGAAGAAAGUAAACAAAUCAUAGAACAUGACAAACUCAUGAAGGGCAUGCAGAAAAAAAUAUACCAAUUCUUAAGAGUGGAAAGCCUUAAACAAGUUGAGAUCAGCCAACAAGGUGAGAAGGUGGAUGACUGCUCUAGCUCGUCCACUCAGAAAAUACCCAUGGUGAAACAGACCCAGAAAUCAAUGAGUGGCUACCCAAAAAAAGUUUAUUCCUGUACUAGGAACUGUCUGUGGCUCUUUGGCAGGUCCUUAAAACUAUCCAUCCGCUGUUCCAUUGGAGUGCUCUUGUAUUAUAAGUGUUUACCUGAUUUGGUCUGGCUAUGUCAUCAAAUGAAUAGCAUCUUCCAGCAGUACCUAACUUGUGAACAUCCUUUCUAAUGAUAGAAGAUAAAUUCUGGACUGGC